AUGGAUCAAGAUGAAUUUGGAGAAAUCGAAAAUGAAGACCUUAACAAUGAAGAAUUCAAUUAUGAAGAAGAUCUGAUGGGAGAGGAUGAAUAGAACAAUUAAUAGUAACCAAAAAAUAAUAAAAACUAAAAUCAAAUUUCAAAUCAGAGAGUAAAAACACCUCAACAACCUGAAGAGGAAGAAGGUGAAGUCUAUGAAUAUGAAGAUUAAAGUGAGGAAUUUGUAGAAGAUAAUCAGAAUGAAGAAAAUCUUGAAUAAGAAGUAGAUGAAGAAGUCCCUGAAGAUAAUGAAUAAUAUAAUGAGGAAGUAAAUGAAGAAGAACAAUAUAAUGAAGAAUAUGAAUAAAAUGAUUACGAACAAAAUUAUGAUGAAUAGGACUAGGAUGAAGAACAACAUUAACCUAAUAACAAUUAAUAGAUGAAAUAGGUGAAAGAUAAUAAAAAUACUCAAUAAUAUAAACCAGUUCCAAUUAUGGAGCCUUAAAUAAAAAAGAAAAGACCUCCUCUACCUACAUAACCCAUAAAGUAGAAACCUACAUAUUAAGAGAAAUAUGCAGAACUAAUGGCUUCUCAAGAUUACUCAAAUUGGAAACCAAAACAGUUGCAUGAUGAAAAUAAAUAACUUAGAUAAAAACUUAAAGAAAUUUCAGAUGAAGUAACUAAAUUAGUAGAAUAAAAUGCAUAACGACUACCACCUUAACCUUAACCACAACCAUAAUUAAAAAGAUAGAAAACUGCAUAAUCUUAACUAUCUGGAGGUUCUGUUAUUGAUAAAGAAAUAGAAAUUAAUUAAAAAAAAUUAGAAUAAUAAGAUGAAGAAAUUAAUAAAUUAACCACUAGAUUAUAGUAAGUUUAAUAAGUUAAUUACAUUAUUAAAUUAGAUGAGGAAAUUAAAAAAUAUGAAGAUGAGAUGAAAAAAUUAGAAUAAAGAAAAAAGUAAGAGUUUUUGUAACAAAAAUAACGUGGUAAAGAUCUUGAUAAGUAUGAAAAUUAAGAUGGUUUUGAUAAAUUGAGUAAAGAAAGAAAUAAUCUUAAUCAAGAAAUGGUUAAUCUUAGAAAGAAGAUCAAAGAGCAAUAAGAAUAAUUGAAUAAACAAAAAGACAAUAUCAAAAAUGCUUAAGAUGUUGAAUUACCCAAAAUUAAUAAGGAAUUAAAACUUUUGGAAGAAGAAGCUGAAAAGUAUAAAAUUGAUAUUAGUGGAGAUAAACCAUUUAGUAAAUAAAAAGAAUAAUAUAUUGUUCUUUUGGCUUAAAAGGAUAAUUUACUUAAACAUCAUUUUAUUAUGGAAAAAAAAGAUAAAUAAUUAGAAAUGAUAGAAAAAGAAAUCAAAGAAUUAAAAAAAGAAAAAGAACGUAUUGAUUCAUAAAUUAAUGCUAAUGAAAUGAUUUUAAUUGAUUAGAGAAGAUAAAAAGAUGAAUUAAAAAAUAAAGUACCUUCUGAUGUUUUUAAAUCUAUUCCUGCUACUAUGACUUAAGAAAAUAUUUCAGAUGCAUUAUAAAAUGAAAAAAAAAUCUAAGAAAGUUAAAGAAAAUUAUAAAGUGCUAAACCACCUAUUUCUAAGUAACAGUAAGAUUAAAAUAAUUAUAAAGAAUUAAAAUUACCUAAUAAAUAAGAUGAUAAAUCAUAGUAGUUAACAUCUAAAAAUGAAGUAGAGGAAGAAAUUAUAUGUGAAGAUGAAAAUGAAUAAUAACAAUAACAAAUUAAAUAAGAAGAGAAAAAAUAAAUUGCAAUAUCCCAAUCUACACCAUUAAAAUAAAAUAUUUAAGUAAUAUAAUAAUAAUAAUAAUAAUAAUAAUAAUAAUAAUAAUAAUAAUAAUAAUAAUAAUAAUAAUAAUAAUAAUAAUAAUAAUAGUAAUAAUAAUAAUAAUAAUAAUCACCUAAUCAAUAAAAUAAAUUAAAUUCAAAACCUUUUAGUAAUUUAAGAAAAUCAGUUGAUUAAUAACCUUAAGUUGAUUUAGGUCAAAGCAACGUAAGUAAUUAAUAAAGUAAUACUAGUGAUGUUUAAACAGAAUAUACAGGUCCUUCUAGAAUGAUGAGAAUGAUGAGACGACCUUAAUAAAAUUAAUAAGAAGAAACUACUUAAUUUAUAAUACAUUAAUCAAAACCAGUUGAAUAACCUAGAGAUAAUAAUAAAGAUACAAAUAAUUAAAACAGUUAAAUUAAUAAAUCAAUAGAAUAACCUACUUAAUCAGAAUAACCAAAACCAGUUGAUGAUUAUUAACCUACAUUUCCUACAAGAAGAGUAUCAAAUAGACCUAGAGGAUUAGAUUAUAAUUCAAUAGAAUAAUAAUAAAACUAAUAGACAACUGAGUAACCAAUAUAAAUAAAUUAAAAAUAAGAUUAAACACAAUAAUCUGAAUAUCCUACAAGAAGAAGAAACAGAGGUGGUCAAGAAGAAUAAGGUGAAUAAAAUAAUAGUUAAUAGUAAUCAUAAUAAUAAUCAAUUUCAUCAUAGUAAUAAUCCUUAUCUAAUCAAUAAUAAUAAUAAUCAUAUUAACCGUCAGAUGAUGGAAGUAGAUAGAGAAGAAUUAAAUUAUUUACUGAUGAAAAAUAACCUGAAGCUCCAAAAACAGAAGAGCCUACUUAUGAAUUUUAACCAAGACAAGAACCAACUAAAUUAUAAGGAAGGAGAAAUAGAGGAAAUAAUAAGUUAAAUAUAUGGGAAGAUUAACCUGUUUAGAAGGAAAAUAUUGAAGAGAUACAAGAAAUAAAAGACAUAAAAUAAAUUCCAGAGGUUCAGCAUAAAGAAGAUAGAGAACUUACUUUGGAUGAAAUUUUAGGAGCUCCUAAGUAAAAAGAAGAGUAUAGACCAAAUUAACAAAAGAGAAAACCUGAAGUACCCAAAGAGGAUAAUGAAACAUAUGAGCCUGGAUUUGGAGGUGGAGCAAAUAGAAGAGGAGUAGGAAAUCAAUAAAAAAUAGAUAAGGUAUUAUUCUCAAAUAAUAAUAUUUCUAGUAAAAAGAGUUAGCUUAAAAAGCUGAAAAAGGAGAUUUAUUAGAUGAUUUUGACUUUUGA